AUGUUUUAUCAAACGCUGAGCAGAAAAAAAUCGUUCACGGCAGAAACUAAACAGGAAAGAGACAAGUUGAAACGAGUGUUGACCAUUUUUGACUUAACCGCUUUGGGCAUUGGCGCCACGUUAGGGAGUGGCGUGUAUGUGUUGGCAGGGACGGUGGCUAAGUCUAUCGCUGGACCAGCAGUGGUAUUGUCCUUCAUUGUAGCUGCUAUCGUCUCAUCGUUUGCUGGAGUUUGUUAUGCUGAAUUCGCGGGCCGUGUACCCAAAGCAGGAUCUGCUUAUAUUUACAGUUAUGUGGCCGUCGGAGAAUUUAUCGCUUUUAUUAUUGGUUGGAACAUGUUUAUUGAGCACACGAUAGGUACAGCAUCCGCCGCCAAAGCCAUGACAAAUUAUUUAGAUUCUCUGCUCGRUGAUCCUCAAAAAAAGUACAUGAAAGUACAUUUUCCAAUACACAUGAAGUUUAUGGGCGAAUAUCCGGACGUCGCAUCGUUURUGUUCCUCAUGUUUAUUGCAUGUAUUUAUCAACAUUUAUUUAUAGUAUAA